AUGGGAGUGUUUCGACUCAACACAAAUGGCUCAGUGAAUAAUCUACGACAAGCUGCAUGCGAUGGAAUCAUAAGAGAUGAGAACGGUAAUUGGAUUGUAGGUUUUCACAAACGACUUGGACGUGUUCCCUCAACCACAGCAGAACUACUUGGGAUUACCACUAGACUUCAAAUAUGUAGACAACAAGGUUUUGACAAAGUGUUGGUCUAUACCGACUCACUUGAGGCUAUCCACCUACUCAUGACAGACAGUGGAGGAUACCAUCCUUUUAGAACAGAGAUCACAAAAGGAAGGAGGCUGAUAUUCUCUGAUUGGGAAAUUGAAUUUAGAUAUGCACCUAGGGAGUCCAUACAGCGUGUAGAUUUUCUGGCAAGAGAAGCACAUAUCGUGGAGGACAUGAAGAUUUUAAAUGAACCCCAUCCUGGAUGUUGA